GAAUCUUCUACACUCCACUUUUUCGAAGGAUCAGAAAAUUGGGGGCUAGGGUUUGUAAUUGAAGAAAGAGCGAAGAAGAUGAUCGAGGUGGUUCUCAACGAUCGUUUAGGGAAGAAAGUUAGGGUUAAGUGUAACGAAGAUGACACAAUCGGUGAUCUGAAGAAGCUUGUUGCGGCACAAACCGGAACACGAGCGGAGAAGAUCCGAAUUCAGAAGUGGUACAACAUCUACAAGGAUCAUAUCACUCUCAAGGACUAUGAGAUUCACGAUGGGAUGGGUCUCGAGCUUUACUACAACUAGGCUAUUCGAAGGAGCUGAGCUGAAGGAGUGUUGUUGAUUUGGAUACCUGCAUAAACUCAUCUAAACCAUGUGGCAUCUAAAAAAGACAUAAGUAUGUUGUAAAACCUGAUAACUACAAAUAUGUGGUAAUAUGACAUUUGACUGCCAAUGGUUUUAAAACCCUCCUAAACUGUCUGAUUGGUUUCUGGCAAUACUUUGCAGCUUGUACAACGUUGGCCUAUAAUCUCCAUGUUUGUACUAUAAAAGUCUAUAUAGGUU